AUGGCCCGCUCCUCCAACGAGACCGUUGAGGUCAGCGCCAACGAUGAGAGGCGGAUGUGCGGGCUAGCCGGAGAUGACGACGAGGAUGACCUGCGCGAGGAUGCUGCGGAGCUAUUCGGUCCUCGCGUUGAGGAUCCCAUUGAAGCUGAUGGCGACAGCAAUGAUGCAACAGGGGGCGAAGAAGGAGAGGAUGACAACGACGACAAGCGCUCACGUCCUUCUACCUCGGCUGUGUGGCUCGAUUUCAAGAAGUUGUUCAAAAAAGAUCCCAAAGCUUCCACAGGCGGCACACCUAACACAUACACCACAGCUCAGACAAUAGAAUCAUCACGCAGCGCGCAGCUGAAAGGCCGAGGAACUAGGAAUGAAGGGAAGCAAGGUCCACGAGCACGAGGCGACGUCCCCGCCUCCGAGCUCUGGGCGAUCUACGGCACGCUCCGCGCCGCGGAGCUCCUGCCGGAGCUGCUCCCGCACGUGCUUGCCAAGGUCGACCUCGUCAGCGGCGACGGCGGUGUUGGUACCAUCUUGCAGCUAACAUUUCCUCCUGGGAUUCCUGGGCUGCAGAGCUACAAGGAGAAGUUCAUCAAAGUCGACAACGAGAAUUAUAUCAAGGAGACAGAAGCCAUCGAUGGCGACAUUCUGAAGCUGGGGUUCCUGGCCUACAUGGUACGGUUUGAGAUCAUUCCCAAAGGGGCCAACUUGUCGGUGAUCAGGACGACUAUCGAGUAUGAGAUUGAUGAUGCGCACCCAGAGGUUGAAGCUAUGGUGAGCACGGCACCUUUGGCUGCAGCUGCUGAGAAAUUUUCCGAGCAUGCUAAGGAGAAGAAGGUCCCUCAAGCAACCUCUUGA